GAAAGAAGAAAGCACGGAAACACCACCUACAAAGAAGAGUCCACACCACACCCAACUAAGCUUUCUCUCCCUGUCUCUCUCUUCAAUGGUCCAGAUAGACCGAAAUUUAUGUAGAAGAAAAACAAAAAAGGAAAGAAGAGAUGGAGAGAUAGAAGGGAAAGAAAGGGAAUAUAGAGUAUGCAUAGAUGGAAAGAUCCAUACACAGUAGAUGUCUUCAAUUGUCCUCCCAACCAAACCCACCUCACAAAAACUUCUUUCACCAGCCCCUCUCUUUCUGUUUGUCUCUCACAGCACAACAACGGAUAAAAACAUGUGUACCAGAAAUACCCUUCUGCAACCCCCCAAAAAAUCCCAUCUUCAUCACUGUCUCUCAAACUCUCAAAAGAAAAAACAUUUUCUUUCACCGAAUUAUGUGGGCUUCUUUGGGUUUUCAUUGUCUUGGUCAGAGUUCACAGAGAAAACAGGAAAGCAAGAACCUUCCUCUCACUUCCUUUCUUGUUUCUAUCCCUAUCUCUCUCUCAACCCUUCUCUUUUCGUGGUAUUUAUUUUUCUUCCGUCUCUUUCUUACCUCUUCAUAUUUCUCUGUUCUUAUCAUUGAGACUCUUCCCCUGUCUAUUUCUUUAUUUCUGCUUAGUUGUUUCGUUUUGGUAUCUGGGUUCUGUUAUUUCUCUGCGAUCUGAUGAUGAAGAAGAUGAAAGGGGUGGCUAUGGCUCCUAGAACUACGUCUCCUUCUCCAUAUGGUGUAUAUGACGACCCAAUCAGUUUCAAACAUCGGAGUCUCUUGCAAGACUAUGAGGAGCUAUGCAAGGAAACAGAGCUCAGGAAGAAGAAAUUGGAGAUAACAAAACAGAAAAGACUGACCCUCUUGAUUGAAGUCCGAUUUUUGAGGCAGCGUUACAAGCACUUAAUGCAAAACCAGUCUCAAAGCUCCCUGCCUGAACGAGAGUGCCCAGAGAGUUCAGAAAUUAGAAGUAGAAACGUUGCGAUAAAAAGUAGUCGGAAUGGAAAGAAAGCUGCUUUACCACCUCCAGUUCCACCUUUUGAUUUGAACAGGAAGGGGAAGCCUUACAUUGAAAGGCAAGCCACUUUGAAAAACCCUGCUUUACGACCUCCAGUUCCACCUUUUGAUUUGAACAAGAAGGGGAAGACUUACGUUGAAAGGCAAGCCACUUUUAAAAACCCUGCUUCAAGUUUUGACCUGAGCCAGAAGCACAAGAGUUAUGGUGCAAAAGAAGUUGCUUUACAGGAUUCUAGAUCAAUUAUUGACUUGAAUGAAAAGGAAAGAAUUGAAAGUGGAAAGGAAGCUGCUGUUCGAAAUGCAACCCCAGUUUUUGAUUUAAACCAGAUUUUGAUAGAUGAGGAAGAAUUGCAUGGUAAUCGUCAGCCGUUGCGAGCGGAGGAGCUGAAGAAAAGUUCAAUCAGAGCUGGAAGUGAUGAGCAAUACAGUGAAACGAUGUUAUCAGCCUGUAGAAAUAUUGGCAAUGGUCCAAGCAAGUCGGGGAAGAGGAAGAUCUCGUGGCAAGACCAGCUAGCAUUGAGGGUUUGAAACCUGUCGGUUCGAAAUUGAAUAUUUUAUAGUUUUGGUGAUUUGGAAAGUUGGCAUCACCUUUCCUUGUGAUACCCAAUUUGCAUACUUAUUUUCAUUUGGGAAGGAAAAUACUAUAUACAUCAAUAUAAUGAUGAUCUUAUGAGAA